AUGGGAAAAUGGAUGACGAUGAAGAUAAAGAUUAGGAUUGGUGUUGGUUUUGCACAGGAAGAAUCCACUGAAAUCUCGGAUUUUCAACGGAAACAAACCAUAGCCUGGUCAAAGAUUUCAAUCGAUCUUAACAGGAAAACCCUAGAUUUGUUACUUACAAAAGACUGCUCUGGGUUCCAGUUUGAAUUUGCUGCUGGCGAUUGUAACGUUGCAAAAGAGUUAGAUUCUGUUUUUGGGAGACGAAUUGUGAUUAUUGUGUGA